AUGACGUUGCUGACUGAAGAUGGAGUAAGUGUGACAGUCGGCUCAAAGCAGUACAAGUUCUUCAAAUUCGCUUUAGACGCAAGCUCUUACGAUGUUACCUUCAUCGUAGAGUAUCCUUCGGGUACACAUGCUACGACUGAUGUGGAUUUAUACGGAUCAUUUGACGAACAGUUCCCAACGGCGUUGACAGCCAGUAGCAUUCGCUUUUCCAGCACCAACGAUGCAAAAGUCAGCGAUGAGAUUAACCUCUGUGGAUCGCUUGGAGUAUUCCCACGAGGUAUCAACUCUACAUCGCGUAUCUGCACUAAAGCGACAGAGGCCUACACUCAAGCAGUACCUGGCUAUUUCUACCUAUCGUUGCUCGGGUUCUCGACUGGGAAUUCUCUCGUACGUCUUCGUGUCGAGACGGACAAAUGUCGCGGUGUAACAUGCUCUGGUCAUGGUAGUUGCGGUCGAAACAAACCCGGCGUGUGCACCUGCGAUCGUUAUUGGAGCGGAGACGACUGCAGUGUACCAAAAUGUGGCCCAGACUGCCAGGAUUUAGGCACGUGUUCCGAUGCCACUACGUGGACUGAUUCUACUACAACCGUGUCAAUCGGCAUCAAUUCUUUACGAAACACGUCCGAGUGUUAUGGUAAUGGCGUGUGCCAAGUAACGGGAAAUCACCCCGUCUGUGUUUGUGACGAAGCUUUUACUUUUAGCCCUCCAACUACGUCAGCUCAAGCUCUUUGCAAAGAGUUGGUGCUGUCGGUGGCGUAUAUUGAGCAUUUUACAGGGCCUUUUAGGAUGGAAGCUGGGCUAUUGGACUUACAGAUCGAACGUGGGAACUGGGCGUUGUAUACUAUCACGGUUAAAGAUGAGUGGGAAGUUCUCGUUGUAAACCUGGAUAAAAUCUCUUCCGAUGGAGAUGCCACGCUGUUUAUCCGUCGUGAAACUUUACCAACGAUUCUACUAACCGCUUCGAGUUCGUCCAGCUCUAUUCAGUUUACUGAUGUAGGUGGGUGGGCUACGGCCGCGUCAACACGUAAGAUUGUUCUGUCAAGGUCGACAUCUACGCUGAGCUCGGGUCUUUAUUACAUCGGUGUAUACAACAGUGAAUAUGCUCGUGGAUCGCUAGACUACCGACUCACUGUGAACGCUGCGGACGAUUGCCAGACAUCAACUCUGGUUUCGAGCUUCAACGCUGUGAUGGAGGAGAAUAACGCCACAUUAUCUGACAGCGGCAGUACCGAUCUAUCCACCGAUGACGACACAGUGGGCGUUUGUUUGAAUGGAGGAGUGUGCAGUACGUUGUCAAGUGAACUAUGUACGUGCACUGAUGGAUACAGCGGUCGUUAUUGCUCCCUACAACCCACACGAAUCGUGCUUUCAAAGCCAUUUGUAAGCAGUACCAACGUGGCAUACGAGAGUGCAGAGUAUUUGACGUUAGCAGUCGGUGAGUGGGUGUAUUUCUCCUUUGAUGUUAAUGACUCGGCAGCGAAAGCAGUGGAGUUCAGCUUGCUAAUUCACAACGAUAUUGCGGAGGCGGAGACACCUGUACGGCCGCUGCUUUUAGUGCGUGGCCCCAGUGAUGCAGGUUUCCCAUCGUUGGCGAUAUCGUCUUUACAAGACUUUGACGCUGUCGCUCAACGCUCCAAUAAACAAACUGUGGCUGUCGCUGUAACAACGGCUUGUUCAUAUGCAGCCACUAGGAGUGACUGCUUCAAGGUCGCCGUGCACAAUCGAGUUGUGUCGGGAUCUCCGCUUCGUUUUCAACUUCAAGCAGCGGUGUAUUCCAGUACAUCCAGUACUUUGGCUUCAUGCGGAGACACUGAGAGCUGCCAUGGUCACGGUCAAUGUGUUGUUAAGGACGGAACUCCGGCAUGUCAAUGCGAGACGGGAUGGUCAGGGAUCUCGUGCAAUUCUCCUAAAGGUUUCGAGUUGAUCCAACUCUGGAGUGCGAUGGAGAACGUAACGAUGUUGUGUUCAACCUGCAACGCCAGCUUCACAUUGACACGUGGCCAGGUCAUGAUGUUUCGUGUUCCCGAGCCUCUCCGUGUGGGCGUUGGUCUGCGAUUAACACUGCAAUCAGUCGAACAAGCGACGGGAGGUGUUACACCUAGCGUGUACGUGAGUGAAGUUCUUCCCAGAUCGCUGUAUGACUUCACGUAUAUCUCCCUUGCAAGUGAAGAUACCAGCACCAAGGCGCAAGCGGUUGAGAUACCGAAUGCGUCCUUCUCGGGUGAUUUCUGGGUGGUUGUUCACACAGACUACCCAUCGACGAACGGUACUACCCAACUCACUGUCUCUGCUCGACGUAGAUUGGUGAACAGUGAGGCCUCGUCGUUUCAGCUUGUGGCUGAGCAAUACGAAACAUCCGACGCAGACGCGUACAGUUCUCUACUGACAGAUCAAUCCUUUGGACACGCCAUUUUUAAGUGGGUUUUCAGAAGUCCGGCUGGAAUUGCGGUGUUUACAUUUGCAGUGACAUUGCUAGUCACCGCGUUAUGUUUCUGCGUUUACCGUGUGGCGCGUGCACCUGAAAACCAAGACAAGGUGCUAGCUCGGCUCUACCCGCCACAAAACGAGCGUGGUGGGCUACGUACCCCAGGCACUGAUAACAAGAGAACUAGUGGUGCUGUUGUGGUGGAUAUUCACGAAUCUAGUAAGGAAACGCCGACUAGUAAAGCGACCCAGGGGCGACCAAGUACUGGUCGGAUUCUUCGAAAGAAAGCUGAGCAGUCCAACAAGUAG